UCGCAGACAAGCGGCCAGGCGGGAGGCCUUGGUCUGAAAAGUGCUGCGUCAGGUCAGCGGAAGAGGGCAUCUCAGAUCGUCUCAGGUGCCAGCCUUGCCAACCUUCAUGCCCACACUCCUACCUGCUGUCAUAGGCCACAGCCACCAUGCCUCGGCGUCAGAAGAGUAAGCUCCGUGCCCGUGAGAAACGCCGAGAGACCCAUGAUCAGCCGCAAGGUCUCACGGGUCCCCAGGCCACUGCAGAGAAGCAAGAAGAGUCUCGCUCUUCCUCAUCCUCUUCUGCUGUUUGUCGGGGUGCUCGUCGUAGGUUUUCUGGUUCCUCCGUUCCUCAGGAGUCUCAGGGAGCUUCACCCACUGGCUAUCCUGAUGCAGGUGCUUCAUGCUCAAAAUAUGAUGUGGCUGCCAUGGGUCAAGAUGAGAAAAGUCCUAGUACCUCCCGUGAUGCCUCCGUUUCUCAAGAGUCUCAGGGAGCUUCACCCAUUGGCCCUCCUGAUGCAGGUAUUUCAUGCUCAAAAUCUGAUGUGGCUGCCAAGGGUCAAGAUGAGGAAAGUCCAAGCACCUCCCCUGAUGCCUCCAUUCCUGAGGAGCCUCAGGGAGCCUCACCCACUGGCUCUCCUGAUACAGGUGUUUCAUGCUCAAAAUCUGAUAUGGCUGCCAAGGGUCAAAAUGAGAAAAGUCCAAGCACCUCCUGUGAUGCCUCUGUUCCUCAGGAGUCUCAGGGAGCUUCACCCACUGGCUCGCCUGAUGCAGAUGUUUCAGGCUCAAAAUCUGAUGUGGCCGCCAAGGGUCAAGAUGAGGAAAGUUUAAGCCCCUGCAAGAGAGCUGCGUUCUUUACAACCACAGACCGAGAUCCUCUAAAAAGGAAGGUGAGCAAGAUGGUGCAAUUCCUGCAGGAGAAGUUUGAGAAGAAAGAGUCCAUUUUAAAGGCAGACAUGCUGAAGCGUCUCAGCAGACAGUACAAGCCAUGCUUCCCUGAGAUCCUCAAGAGAACCUCCGAACGUUUGGUGGUGGUCUUUGGCGUUGAAUUGAAAGAAACGGAUUCCAGCGGCGAGUCCUACACCCUUGUCAGCAAGCUGGGCCUCUCCAGUGAAGGAAGUCUGAGUGGUGAUAAUGCACUGCCGAAGUCAGGUCUCCUGAUGUCGCUUCUGGGUUUGAUCUUCAUGAGAGGCAACCGUGCCACUGAAGAGGAGGUCUGGGAGUUCCUGGGUAUGUUGGGGAUAUAUGAUGGGAUCCUGCACUCAAUCUAUGGGGAUGCUCGGAAGAUCAUUACUGAAGAUUUGGUGCAAGAUAAGUACGUGGUUUACCAGCAGGUGCGCAACAGUGAUCCUCCAUGCUAUGAGUUCCUGUGGGGUCCACGAGCCUAUGCUGAAACCACCAAGAUGAGAGUCCUGCGUGUUUUGGCCGAGAUCAAUAACACCAGUCCCGGUUUAUACCCACAUCUGUAUGAAGACGCCUUGAUAGAUGAGGUAGAGAGAGCAUUGAGACUGAGAGAUUAAGGCAGGGCUGGCACUGUUCCCUUCUCCAGGGCACCUUAUGGGGCCAUAUCCUACAGAACUUCCCAUUUCUAGGGAGGUCUGAAGUAGAAUUUUCGCUUUAUGUUAGAAGAGAGUAGUGAGCCUUCUAAGUAGUGCAGUAUAGUAGAGGCUGGAGGGAACAAGAUAUGUAUUUCUUUUGUCUUGUUAUGCAUGAGUAACUUGUAGAUUUAUGUUUUAUCUCUUUGUCAAUUUUCAACAUUGUUCCUGUUAAGUGAAGGUUUAUUUUGCUUUAGAUUAUACAUUUAUCAAUAACAUAGCUCUCACAUUCAUGGCUGUUUAAUCAAUUUGAAAGUUACGGUUUGGGUACUAGUAAAACAAAAUCAUACACCAUUCAUAUUUUCUUUAUAAUUCAGAACUAGAUAACAUGAUAAUAGAGAAUGGACUUUGAUAUGAAUCUUAAAGAACUCCACAGUAAAAUAGUUGACAUCAUAAUAUGAAGAGAAAGAAAAGGAAAAACAGAAAUGUAAAGGUUGCUUAAUUCUUGGUUUGCCUAAUUCGUUUUCCUAUUUCUUUUACUAUAAAUAAAGGAUACCUGGAUUUAUUUAGGUUAUUAAGACUGCCGUUAGUUUGUUUUAUUCUAGUGCACUUCAUAUUCCAUGUUAUCUACUGCAUCAAAAAACCCCUCUGAUUGGAGGGUGGUAUUUUCUGGGUUUAAAAUAAUCACAUGAAAUGCAGUGAUCAACAUAAGCCAGAAUGAGUUCACUAAAAACCUUUUUGAAACAAGGCUGCUAAAUUCAAAGAAGUUCCAUAGGCUUAAACUGUCUCAAAUAUUUUCAAGAUGUGGUAAUUUUGUUUGUUAAUAUACCAUUAAGAAAAUUAAAAAUUAAUAAUUUGUGU